UUUUUUUUGCUUAAUUAAUUGAUUCACGGGCUCAUCGUGCGUGUGUCGCGCGCAUGUGUCCAGAGUUGCAUGCACGGAUUAGAGCAAAUCCUUACAUGCAUUCUAAAUUAUUAAUCAGUUCAUAAUUGACUUGAUUUUUUUUUUCUUCUGUAAUCUGCAUGUAGAUGAUAAUGAUGCGUUAUGACGGAGUCUGUGAGCGGAGUGCACUACAAUAGGCUGUUGCAUAAGGAUGAAUGCAUUUGAUCAUGUGUGCCACUGCAUAGCUGAUUGCCUCAGUGCAGCUGCCUCAGUGCUGAAUGAUGCUGAUCGUUCAAACACCGUCCUGUCGCCAUGCACGCGCCUUACUCUGAGCGAGAUUAGCACUUUAUCUUCCUGAGAAGACUUUUUUCCAGGGCACGAGUGCACAACUUUACAGCUACACUUUGCUGCUUUUUUUUCCCCUCACUCUUUACAAAACUUCUGCAGAAUGCCCUCAGGUGCGCUUGAACUGAACAACUGCACACUUGUGGUCGCUUGACGUUUGGUGUGAGUUAUGUGAGUUCCUCGAGGUCCGGUUGCUCCGGGUUUGUGGGUUCAGAACUGUGCUCUGAGAGUCCCAGAGCGUUCUCACAGAACCAAGAGUUGUGAAGACUAAAAAAAACCUGGUCUCUCGUCAGUAACUGAUCUUCUCUCUGCUGAAUUCUGGCCUGCGAUCGGUCGUUGAUUAAUUUUCUGGAACAGCAGCUCAGACAGUAGUACAUCUGCAAGUCACAGGUUCCUAUGAAUAUUAAUGCGCUCCUUGCAAUACAUUAUCGUUUCUAUAGUAACAGCUCAUUCACAGGCGCCGGUCCAGCAGAUGCUCCACUAAUAAUAAACGGAUUAAAAAUAAUUGUCGAUGUGGUGCAGUUUUCUGUGAAGAGAUGAAGGAGUUUCUCGCACCCUUCCAGUCUCUGGUCAUGGAGAUGAAGACUAACACAGCAGCAGCAGAAGUUUGGAGUUCCUAUCACGUUCCACAGCUGAGUGGGAUUUUUUCUUUUUCAUCUCAGAAAACCUAAGUGAAAGUGAUGCAAAUUCUGAAUUGAAAACACAAACAGAAAAGGUGAAUUUCUCUUCCUCUAUUUCUUCUGGACGUCUCUGACAUGUAAAGUAUCAAGCAGCAUCUACUCACCGAGACCGAUCCUACUCUCGUACCCGGACGUCCAGGAGGAGUCCAAUUUAGAAUAUAUCAGAGCCUCCGGUCUGAGCGAUGGGUGUGGUCACUGAAGGAGAGGACGUUUUAGCACGAUGGAGCGACGGACUAUUAUACCUCGGCAACGUGAAAAGAGUAGACGUGGUCAAACAGUGCUGCUUGGUCAGAUUUGAGGAUAAUUCCGAGUUCUGGGUCCUCAGGAAAGACAUUCACUCCUUUUCAGCCAGUGGAGAGGAAGUGUGUUGUGUCUGUGACGGUCCUCCUCUUAAAGAGCCUCUAAUAAACUGUCUGAAAUGCCGCCACUGUUAUCACGCUCAGUGCCACACGCCGGCCGUGGACCCCGAGGUGGACAUCGACUCGUGGGUGUGUCGCCAGUGCGUCUUUGCCGUCACCACCAAGAGAGGCGGAGCCUUAAAGCGUGGCCGUUUUGCUCGCCUGAUGCAGUUGAUGAAGCUGAGGCUGCCGUAUCAGCUUUCCACUCUGGACUGGGACGCUCAGCACCUGACCAAUCAGCAGCAGUGUUACUGCUACUGCGCCGGACCGGGAGAGUGGAACCUGAAGAUGCUGCAGUGUGGCACAUGCGGUCAGUGGUUUCAUGAAGCCUGCACUCAGUGCCUGACCAAACCUCUGCUAUAUGGAGACAGGUUUUAUCACUUCCAGUGUUCAGUGUGUGCGAAUGGACCUGAGACCAUCCAGAGACUCCCCAUGACCUGGGUAGAUUUGGCCCAUUUGGUGCUGUAUCAUCUGUCCCUGUGCUGCAAGAGGAAAUACUUCGAUUUCGAUCAUGAAAUCAUGGCCUUCACUAACGAGAACUGGGAUUCUCUGCUGCUAGGCACGUUGUCGGACACACCUAAGCAAGAUCGCUGCCACAACCUGCUCAAUGCGCUAAACUCCCACAAGGACAGGUUCGUCUCGGGGAAAGAGAUCAAGAAGAAGAAAUGCCUCUUUGGUCUUCAAGUGCGAGCUCCGCCUCCUCUGUCCUCCGAUUCCUCACCCCUCAUCACCGAGCAGCCCAUCAACAUCACACACCGCAAAAGCCCGCUGUCGCUGCCAUGCCAGAGACGACCGGUGGGCUCUGAGUCUCGCAAAUCGAAGCGGCGCAUCAGCGAGACACUUCAGCAGCCGUGUCCACCUGCUAAUCAGAUCAGUCUGGUGCCAUGUUGUCACGGCUGCGUGAACGGUGCGAGCGUCUACAACUCCCGGAAAUCUGAGGAGGAACUAGCGCUGGGGUCACCUCCUAAGAGAAUGUUCCCUCUCUAUCACACGACGUAUAACGGAUCUCAGGGUCUUCCUCGAACUCUGCAUCACUACAGUGCCGAGGACCCUUGUCGACUUCCUGCUCCGUGUCUCCCGUUCUCCAUGACGUCCAGUCACCCUCCAGGGCAGCGGUUCGAGCAAUGUCCGUCUCUGUUCCUGCACGACGUGGCCCCCUACCCCAACGGAGUGAACCUGGAAGGGCACGCGGCGGCUCGAGGCUGGGGCGGAGGCGAGGCGGUGAGGAUCCUGGCCAGACGCGUGACGCCGGAUGGAAAGGUCCAGUACCUGGUGGAGUGGGGAAACGUCCGAGUUUAUUAGAAAGAGAGAAAAGAAAGGAAACUGUCCACGUUAGGGCGGAAAAAACGACACGAAUCCACGAGGCUCGGCUGCCGCUCGGCUCCGUGGGAUUAAACUGUUAGAAAUCAUCCCUCUGUCCUCUCCACGGCGUCUCCUGUACUUCGAAUACUGUUAGAAAACACCUUUAGAAUGCCUUGAACUUUACGAUCCGAUAUCUUUACGAUUUGUAUCCCAUAUAAAUAGAACUGAUAUAUUCAUCUUCAUUCCAUGUUUGGAUUUUUUUCAUUUUUAAAACGAGAGAAUUCUCAAACAUCAGAAUCUCUAACAAGAUGGAAGAAAGGAAGAAGGAAGGAAGAAGAAAGUCAUCCUGGAUUCAGUUCUCAUCUCAAGCCUCGUGAUGAUUUACCUCUUUAUUAUGCAAGUUUUUAUUUGAUAUGAUGGAUGAUGAGAAGAGUUCAUUUAGAGAUCCUCUGAAAUGUCCUGUAGCACUUCUCUUUUACUCUCAUUUUUUAUUUCAAUCUAUUAUUUUAGUGUGAAAUAGAUAGAAGUUUAUACGAGUGUAUUAUAUUUGCACAGCAACGUCUGAUGGUUAAAAACCCGGUAAUAUCUCGGAUCAAUUAAACAACACUUAAAGCAUUUAUUACUCGGGUUUUUUAAAUAUUAUCCUCAUAAAUAACUGUGUGCUGAAUAAAACAGAUGUCUAUUUAAUUUAAACAUUUUAUAUGCAUUUUAUUUAAGCAUUUAAUUAUUUACUCUACUGUAUUAUUUAAUUAUAUUAUACAUAUUACAUUUUUUAUUUUCAUUUUUAGAAUGAUGUUUUUAUUUAUUUUAUUUUUAUUUGUUUAUUUAUUUUAUUUUUAUGUUCAUUUAUGUCAGCAUUUACGCAGGUGUAUAUAGUUAAUUUUAGAAAUGUUUUUUAUUUUAAUUUAAAUGAUCACACAGACUUGUCUGACCCUUUUUUUUUUUUUUUUUACAUUUCAUUUCUUAUUUAUUUAUUUUUUGGUCUCAAUCGAUUCCUGCUGUCUGUAACUCCUGUAGAAGGAAUGCAACGUCGCAGGAUACUUUCUCCGGAAUAUUUCCUCAGAAAUGUAAACAAGUAAGGCAUCACGGUGACUUAGCGGUUAGCACUGUUGUCUCACAGCAAGAAGGUCCUGGGUUCGAGUCCCAGGUUCGAACAGGCACACUUUCUGUGUGGAGUUUGCAUGUUCUCCCCGUGCCUGUGUGGGUUUACUCCGGGUACUCCGGUUUCCUCCCACAGUCCAAAAACAUGUUCAUUAGGUUGAUUGGUAAUUCUAAAUUGCCUGUGAGUGUGUGUGGUCUAUAUGUGACCCUGUGAUGGACUGGUGACCUGUCCAGGGUGUACCCCUGCCUUUUACCCAAUGUGUGCUGGGAUAGGCUCCAGCAGAUCCCCAUGACCCUAAUUAGGAAUAAAGUGGGUGUAGAAAAUGGAUGGAUGGGUGUAAAAAAGUACCGAGAUACGACACCAGAGAUGACCUGUAAGGGAACUGGUCAGUUCUAGACAGAGAAACGAUCUCUCUGAACGAAGGAGGGAAAGAAUAGUGGAUGAAACGAACGUGUGUUUAUAUUUUUAUUUUUAUUGUAAUCGAUUCUCUACACCACAUGUGAAGUGUUUUAGACAGAAAAAUCAAUUCAGGGUUAACUCAAGGGACAAUACUAGUGGACCUUACCUUUUUUCUUUCCUUCUGUUUCUUCAUUUAGUUAUUUCUUCAUUUCUGUUCCCCAAAAAAAGUGUACAGUACUGUGUACAGCUUGAUGUAAUAAUGUAAUAAAAAAAAGUUGCUCAUCACAUCGUAGGAGGAAUCGAAAUGAGUAGCUGAUCCUCGUCCACCUCCUCCAUCCUCCUGAGAUCUUUGUGAAACAAAAACAGACGUGAAGAAUAAAAAAAAAAAAA